UAUCAAAUGAAAAUAAAAAUAUAGAAAUUAAAGUUAAGUAUUUUCUAAAUGUUAUUAAACAUAAAAAUAUACAUAUCCAAACUAUUAUAUUAUGUUUAUAAAAACAUUUAGAAAAUAUUAAAUUUUAGUUUCUAUAUUUUUAUUUACAUAGCUGAUAUAUUAUUAAACAAUAAAAUUAAUUCAUUUAUUAAUCCGCGGUUCGUCUGCGGUCGACCCAGUGACCCAGCGAUCCGGUAAGUCGUCCGGUUUAGUGUUCGGGUCGGGUUUAAAAACAUUGCUUUUAUAAGUUUGAUAUAUUUUUUAUAAGAACAGAAAAUAUAUUUUAAUAUUUUAAACGUAAUAUUUUUUUUGUCAGAUUAAAACAUGUAGUGAAAAUAUAUGUCUUAUAUAAAAACCCCGUAUACAUUUGUAUUUUAGUGUAGAUAUAUCAUAUAUCAUUUGAUAUACUCUUUAUCUUACCACAUUAUAUAUAUUUUAAUAUUUGAUCUGACACUAAAUAAAUAUACUAAAUGAUAUACAUUUUUAUGUUUGGCUUUACCUACCCUUUAUAUAUUUUACAUGUUUAAUCUGCACAAAAUGAGUAUAUCAAAUGGUUCUAUUUUAGCUACGCUUAAUAUAUUUUGCAUGUUUUAAGCUUAGCACAUAAUAAACAUAUGAAUUGAUAUACUUUUAACAUUGGUCAUGAAUAAAAAAAAAAAAAAAAAAAAAAAAAAAAAAAAAAAAAACAUUGGUCAUGAAUCCAUAUCAAUAAAAGAGUUUAUUUGUCGCAUGGGUAAUUGACAUACUCUUAGCCAUUAUAACGAUUCCAGUAUUGUCAAUUUAAAUUUAGAAUAUUCAGAAUUAAAAGUAAUUUAUCUUCCUUCCAUCAAGCAAAAGUGAUUGGUCUUCUUUCCAUAUACUAAUUGAUAUACUCUCAGCAAUUUGUAAUAUUUUGUAUUAUACAGCUAAUGUUGUAUAUCAAGUCAAUUUUAUGCAUACACUUAAAUGAAGUGCAUUUCUUAUAUAAUAUGUAUAAUAUGUACAUUUUUAAAAUUUUGAUUGUGCUUAUUCGUUAUAUUUUGGGUUAAGAAAGAGUUUUAAUUUAAAUGGAGCGCAAGUUUAAAGAAACAUUAAUUUUAGUGACUAUUUUCUAUAAUUAUUUUGUUACAAUUUAAUCAGUAUCACCCUAAACCCACAUAAUUUGGUAGAGGAGUUGAAGUCAAUUUUAUGCAUACAAUUUAAUCAGUAUUUUAGCACUAUAAUUGUAGAGGAGUUGAAGUCAAUUUUAUGCAUACACUUAAAGGAAGUGCAUUUAUUAUAUAAUAUGUAUAAUAUAUACAUUUUUUUAAUUUUAUUGUGUUUCUUUGUUAUAUUUUGUGUUGAGAAAAGGUUUUAAUUUAAAUUGGAGCGUAAGUUCAAAAGAAACAUUAAUUUUAGUGACUAUUUUCUAUAAUUACUUCGAUACAAUGUAAUCAGUAUCACCCUAAACCCACAUAAUUUUGUAUAUAUAGGUAUGUUUGACCACGUACAUCUACUCACCACAACCUUCUUCAUAAUAAAACUUCAUUACAAACUCAAACAUAAAAUCAAAACACUAAUGGCAGGCUUCAACUCCAUAGUCGAAUUGAAACCAUUUAAGAUAACGUAGAGAGUAAGGGUGAAUAUCAUCCGAUUGUAGAAACAAUAUUAUGCUGCUUGUGACCUAACCAUUGAAAUGGUUUUAAUUAAUGCUAACGUAAGUUCCAUCAUCUCUAAAAUGGUUUACUACGUCUUAAUAUUUAUUUUGGGCUUUAUUCAAUAUUUUCGAACAUUUAAGAAGAUCCCAUUUAGGAACGAGAGAACAGAAGUUAUCACAUUUUCCAUUUUAUGUUAUGUUCUAUAAAUAUAUACUAAUAUUUCCAAUAUAUCUAACACGACGCAUAAUAAUUAAAUAAUACAUUGAUAUAUAAUGUAAACAAUUUAUUAAAUAAAAUAUUGGAAACUAUGUGGUAAUUUUUUUUGAACUAAUAUUCCUAUAAAAACAUGAAUAUUAUAAUGUAUAAUUUUACCCAAAAUAUAAUAUAUAGUUUCUAAUUGUAAUCUCACUCCGUGCAGAGCGCGGAUUAUUACCUAGUUUAUAUGUUGUUAUCAUGGUAUAUCUACUUUAUAUUUAUAUGAUUUGAAAGCUCUUUCUUAGGGUUAUACACGAACAAAGGAGAUUUUGCAUGUUAGUGACUUUUUCUUUUAGCAACGCAUGUUAGUGACUAUAGGAUUCAGUCAUUAUUAAAAUUCUAAAUCCUAACCUUAAAUUCUAAACUUUAAAACCUAAAUUUUGAACUCUAAAUCCACUUAUUAAAUUCAUCAAUCUAAUAUUCGAUUCAUAACAUAAUAAAUUAACCGGUUACAAAAAUUUGUGAACAUUAUAAUAUAUGAUGGUCGUAUAUGUUCCUAGCAAAUUAUUCAAUCAAUUUUGGACUUAUAAAUUAUUUGAUUGAUUCUUAAGCUGACAAGUAAGGUAAAUUGACAAUCUAAUUAAGUGACAUGUCAUCAAGUCUCUUUUGUAAUUAGUACAAACUAUAGGUUAUAACUUUUAAAUGAUUCUCAAUUAAUAUAUAGUGAAUACUAUUGAUUUAGAAUCAAUGGAAUAUUAGAAAAUGCAAAAAAGAUAAUUAAGUCAACAAGUCACGUCUAUUUUAAUAUGUGGACUGAAAAAGACUACGAAACCGCCACAUCAGCAAUGAUAUUUUUGCUAAUCACACAUCAAGACAAUGUUAAUUAUUAAAAGUGUUUCUCAAAUAAUAAAAAGGGGAUAAGCUUAAGAAUCCCUUUUUUAUUUACCCCUUUUUAUUAUUUGAGGAGCAUUAUAGAUAAUUAACCUUCAGCUCAUGUGUUAUUAUCAAAAUUGUCAUUUCCUAUGUGGCAUCACCACAAGCUCUCUCACAUCCUAUAUUUAAAAAUCCUUUGUUCACUAGACUAAUUACAAAAAUUGCCAUUGAUCAAUCAUUAGAUUAUAACUUGACAUAAUAUACUAUAAGCUUUGACUAACAAAACAAAAGAAUACGUCAACAUUUAAUGCGGAGUGCUACGGUUGCGCAAAUUAGGCAAAUAAGUUAAUGCGUAGUAAUUAUUAGUUCCCUAUAUUUAUCAAAAAUAUUGACCCAUGAUAUAUUUUCGUAAUUAUUAUUAGUAUCCUUGCCGCAUUUUAUAUUAACAAGGUUGAAGGAUUCAUAUACUUCCCUUCUACACGAAAGAUUCAUAAACCCUUAUACUCGAUGGUCCUUACGUUUUGUGAGUUUUUUCUACAUAGCGCAAUUUAUGAAGACGUUGACCAAGUCAUGUAACUAUAUUCUUAUAGUUAAAUAGAUUGAGACAAAAAUAUUGUUUUGUUUUUUACAAGUAUUCAUCAUAUAACAUUUUAUAUAUAGUUAGACAUUAUAUAUAUAUAUAUAUAUAAACACAAUUUAAGUUGCAACAAAUUAUGUCAAAAAAAAGUUGCAACAAAUUAAAUGUCGAUUUAUAAUUUGAGUUUUACAACACAAUUUAUAGUUAGAAAUAUCCAUGAACCGCAUACAGUAAAAAUAUUCCAGGGCACACAUUGCUACAAAUUAAAUGUCUAACUAUAAUGUGAUAACGAUGGUCUUAUUAAUUUCUAAAUCAUAACGAUGGUCCAUCAAAUAUACUUCAAUGGACAAUGUAUAGUUUAACCAUUUAAGAUAGAUAGAUAAAUAAAAAAUCAGUUAUAGCAUAACACUAAUGUUUAUAAUCAACAAUUAUAUAUAUAUUAGAGACAACCAAUAUUUUUCUUGUUUUUUUUUUGACUAUACACAAUACGCCUAUUUAAUAAUAACAAUGUUACAUGAUUCAUUGUUGUGUAUGAGACUCCAUUUUACUCAAUGUUAGCAAAGUUUUAUGCAAAACACAUUCCAUCAUAUAUAUUCAUAUGAGUUAAGGAAACUUUACUUUAAAAAUUUAAGAACUUCAUUUAAAAAUUUAUAGACAUCUAAGAGCCCAUAUGAAUAUUACACUCAGCUUUAUCAAAUUUGCGGUCAUGUACACAACGAUUUAGAAAUACGGUUCAGACAUGCAACUUGCCGGUUUAGACAUGCAACUGAAUGUUUCGUACUAACCGAAAAUUAGGUAAGUGAAUGUUUUAGAAAUAUGUCUAGGUUUGAAAUUCUCGAUCCUAUGAAAUUUAAACUGAUUGUAAUCAGUAAUCAAAUACAAAUUUAAUUCUGAGGUAAUAUUUAAUAAACGUGAUUGGCAGUGUUUUGAAACCCGACCCGGACCCGUGGUUGAACCGGUAAACCCCGCAAUCCAGAAAAAAUUUGGUUUGGGUUUUGUGAAAAACCCAAUAUUUAGAAACCCGCAAAAACCCAGUAAAACCCGGAACCCGGUACCGGUUGAGCCACUGGUUAAACCAAUAAAUAACUUUUACUUCUUUUUUUAAUUUUUAAUUAUGUUUUUAGAUUAUGUUUUAUAUUCUAAAUUUCUAAUUAAGAAGUUAUAUAUUGACAAAAAAAAGUUAGGUUUUUCAUUUUCAGUUUUAUAUUUGUGUUUUUUAGAUUUUAAUGAAGAUUUCACUAUGUCACUUGAAGAAAAUAAAGUGAACGAUGGUAGAGAAAACCAAAACUAGUUUAUGUGAUUUGGUGUUAGUUUAUUUCCGUUAUUGAUAAUUUAUUAUAAUGAUUUUUUACUUUUAGUUUAUUUUUGCAUUUGAAAUUUAAUUUAUUAUUCACAUUAAACAUUUAAAUAUUUAUAAAUUUUAUGUCUUGAUUUUUUUAGAUGUCAUAACUCUUACCUUGUUAAACAAAAUUAUAAAUAGUCUAAACGUUUUUUGAUAUUUUUUAUAUCAAAUGAAAAUAAAAAUAUAGAAAUUAAAGUUAAGUAUUUUCUAAAUGUUAUUAAACAUAAAAAUAUACAUAUCCAAAUUAUUAUAUUAUGUUUAUAAAAACAUUUAGAAAAUAUUAAAUUCUAGUUUCUAUAUUUUUAUUUACAUAGCUGAUAUAUUAUUAAAUAAUAAAAUUAAUUCAUUUAUUAAUCCGCGGUUCGUCCGCGGUCGACCCAGUGACCCAGCGAUCCGGUAAGUCUUCGGGUCGGGUUUAAAAACAUUGGUGAUUGGCAAGGACAAUUGUACAUGGUUGUUAAAAGGAAACUUGUAAUAAAUUUGACAUAUUUUUAAUUCAAGAUUUUGGUAACAUUUAAUUAUUAUGUGUUUCCUAAAUGAAAAUUAUUAUACAAUACCUUAAUUAUUGGUCAAUAAUAUGCUCAGCCAAUAAUUUUGAUAAAUUUUUGGUAAUAAUAGGGAGUCGAUUAUGAUUUCAAAAUUUUAUAAAUUAGGAACUGAUGUAUAUAAGGAAGUUAUAUUAUGGAUUCAGAUUGUUUAAAUAAAUUAAUAAUCUUACUUUUAUUGAUUUUUUUCUCAAUUUUGUCAUAUAAAAGGAAUUUUGAUGAUGUUUUCAAAUUUAAGGUAAGUUUUAAUAAGGGGAUUAGAGCGCAAGUUAUGUGAAAUGAAAUAGGUAGUAUUUUCUUUAAUUACGGUGAUUUGAUUUUGUGUCAUUAAUCCUACACCGGUUUGAGUUCUUAAUAUAAAUAUAUGUUGUCUACAAUGCAUAAAAUCACCACACCCUUCUUCUCGAGAUUAAUUAUGAAAACAUUCUCGCAAGCAUACUCAUGGCUGGAUUUAACUCUGUUUCCGAUUUGAAACCUUUCAAGACAAUGUAGAGAGUGAUAGUGAAUAUUGAACCCAGUGAUCCAGAAAUUGAUGCUUUCAGAAAGAGGUAUAUCAUUUUAUUUAGUGAAUUUGGUAAGUAAGUACAUAUGUUUAGUUUGGUAAACUAAUUCUUUAUUAUUUCUCUCUAUAGGAUUGAAACCAAGAGUUCUAAAGAUCCUUUUCGUAUCAUUUUAGUUUUAUCAGUUUUUUAUUUGUUUCCUUAUAAUUUGUUUCUUUCGUAUUUUAUUUUUCUAUUACUUAUGUUUCUUUUGAUAUUAUAAUGAUAAUUUUUAUUAUGAAAUCAGUAAUUCUAAUUCCUAUGUUUUGUUUUUUUAAUUCAUAAUAAAUUAUUAUAAAUUUUUGCAUACUAUUAUAUAUUUUUUCAUAAAAUAUAUCAAAUUUACACCUAAUCAACCACACAAGCAUUUAAAAAAAAAAACAAAUAAGCUUACAUUAUAUAUACAUGCACAAUUUCGUUUGAUAUGUACCAUUAGAUCUAAUAUUUGUGCAUAUAACAAGAUUUUUAAUAUGUAUAGAUUUAAAAGUAAUAACUUUAAAACCAAUCACACUAUUGAUAACCAAUCACAUGCACAAAUUCAAAUUGAUAAUAUCUUUAAAUCUAUUCACUCUGCGCAGGGCGCGAGUUAUCACUUAGUUCAUAGUAUUUUUAUAACCUUAGCAAAUUAUUUUACACAUGUUUUCUAUCUUCAUCAUUUAUUGUUGAUAGUUAAUUCUCUUGAAAACAUGUGUAAAAUAAUUUGUAAAUCAUCAAUAUGAUAUUUCGAAGAAGUACAUGAAAAAGAACAAAAGAUUUAUAUGUUUACGUUAAUAUUACAGGUCAACUUACUUUGGUUGCCAACGGUCCACCAUUUGUUUUGCAAAUCAGAAAAAGGAAACUUCCAGAACCAAACAGAAAAAAGGAAAUUAGGUCAGCAUGUCAACAUAUUAAAAAAAAAAAGGAAAUUGUGAGAAAAAAAAGGAAAACAUCAGUUACAUUAAGUAUAUAACACAUCAAUCAUCAUCAUCACUUACAAAAUACAAUCUGUUUUGCAUAAAGAAAUAUUACCUAGAGAGAAACAAUGAGAGAAAUUUUUGGUUCUAAGAAUGAAGAAGAGAUGGAACUGAUUAAGAAAGUUCUAAAAACGUGUGAGUUCAUAGCCGUGGAUACGGAGUUCCCGGGUUGUUUGAAGGAGACUCCUAUAGGCGCUACGGACGAGACUCGAUACAAGAAUUUGAAGUUCAAUGUCGAACGGACAAAACCUAUUCAACUAGGUUUCACUCUGUUUGAACGCGACGGAAGUAUCGGGGGUACGUGGGAGGUUAAUUUCAAGGAUUUUGAUGCGAGAACCGAUGCUUGUAACGAGAAGUCGAUAGAGUUUCUUAGACGCAACGGUCUCAAUUUCAAGAAAAUCAGACAAGAGGGAGUGGGGAUGGAAGAGUUUUUCAAAGAGUUCGGUCAGAUUCUCAAAGACGUGGACAACAAGUUGAAGUGGGUUUCGUUCGACGGUUCGUACGACUUAGCGUAUCUGGUUCAAGGCCUGACCGGAAGAAAACCACUGCCCGAGACUUUAGAAGCUUUUAACAAAACCGUUGAGGAAACUCUAGGGCUUACUUUUGAUGUCAAGAAGAUUGCGGUUGAUUGCAAAGGUGUGUCUGCCCGUUACGGUUUGCAGAGAAUAGCAGACGAUCUUCACAUCAAACGUGUGGGUGAUGCGCACCAUGCCGGUUCCGACAGCGAGCUCACUGCCCGAGUGUUUACUGACUUGAUAUUCAGCAUAUCGAAGGAGCAAAAGAGAGAGCUUGAAGAGGAGAAACAGAAUGAAGAGCGUGUGAGACGUGCUAUGCAUAUUAUGCACGAAUCGGAACAAAAGAGAAAGCGUGAAGAGGAGGAAGAGACUGAAGAGCGUAUGAAACGCGCUAUGCAUAUUAUGCACGAAGCUGAAGAAGCUUUUGUGAUGGAAAGACGUGGUUAUGUGACGGUACAGCCAAGAUGUGGUUACUUACCGGUACUGCAUCCACCACCAAGACCGGUUGUGUUCCAUCCUUACCCACCACAGUUUGCUGGCUACUUUGUACAGCCACAGCGACACAUUCAUCCAUUGUUUUUACAUUAAAGCAACUAUGUAUAUAUAUUAACAUCGUUCCUUAAAUACAAAUUUUAAUUUUCAUCUCAUCUAUGCAUUUUGUGUUUUCUCAAUUGCGUUAUUUCAACUUCGGAUACAACCAUACUCUUUUAAAAACCACAACUAAGAGUUGAACAACUUGGCUUGCUUUGCUGUUACAAUUGGUCUUGUCAGUGUUUGGCUUUUAUUUGGUCUGAAAUUUGGCUAGAGAUGGUCAUGUUCCUACCCUUUGACUAUUGGGUUGGGACUGUGAUAGAAGAUGGAAAAGACGAUCUUGUUGCUUAUCGUACGAACCGAAACCAUACCAAGACGAGAAGGCUAUGAACCCCAACGCCAAGGUCCUUCAAAUCCAGAGAGAAACCUCUCUUAACUUGCCUCAAAUGGAGAGACACUCCUCUAAAGAUCCCAAUUACAAGGUGAUCUAACUGUCAAGGUAAAGAAGUCUAUUUGUACUCUCUUAACGGUCUUCUCUGUUCAGGUUGCCAGCUCAGCUUCAUUCUAAGAGUCUCCUUGUGCCAGCUCAGCUUCUGUACUCAGCAGACUGUUACAUCUCUGGUAAAUAAAAGAGAGACAAGGUAAGGCCUUUUGAUGGUUUUCAUCUUUAUGUUUGGAUUUCUCUUUCAAGGUGCCCAUCGUUUGCUUGGUCAUCUAAAUAGGUGAUGGCACGAGCUACAUCUGUGCCCCACAAAUAAACAAACUCCCUUGUGACAUAUCUCUCUGCCUUCCAUAUCAAAUCCGCAUUUACUGUUUUGUAUUAUACUAUAAGUAGCUUACAUGGUUGAAAUCCAAUAAUUAAUUCUCUGCUGCCUUGUAUUUGUAGAUAACUUGUUGGACAGCAUCAAAUGGGAUGACAAAGAAUUAGCUGUGACAAUAGCACAAACGUUGACACUGUAGCGGUGUUAAUGCCAGGCUUUGCUCUCUCCACAACCAUCACUUCUCGGAAAUCCAAUUUAUAGACAAAGGGAGAGACGUCCAAUAACUUCAUCAAUGUGCUUAUGCGAUCGAGAUUCGGUUUGUCUAUCUGGAACCACCUGUUAUUAUAAUCUGACUACUAUUUAGAUUAACUACUAUUCAGUAAACUUUAUUGGUUUGUGAUUGUUCAGAUAAUAUACCUUGAAAGUUGGAACACCUGAUGGGCCUACUUGUCACACAUGCUCAAAGACUUGUUACUACACCUCAGUGUUCGAUCAACUAAACAAUGAUGAGGUGUGCUAUACUUUUUUCAUCUUUUCUGUGGCAAGAGAUGGAUUGAAAUUGAAAGGUUCGUUUGAAAGUGAAGGCCCACGCGAUAACUUUAGUAAGGCCUUCGGUCACACCCCAUUCCUUGCUCUAUAAAAUAACUUGAAACUCAAGUGUAAGAAACUCAGGUUGCUUAUCAGGUUUCCAGAAAGCAUUCAGAGCAAGUACAACAAAAGGCAAAUAGAGUGGCGGUGAAGAAACUCAGGUUGCUUAUCAGGUUGUGUUGCUUGGUCGUUGUUCAUUUAUCAUCUAACGUUGGUCAGCUAGUGUGAUUAGCUCAGAGUCUCUUUAAUUCUUCUCAAAGAAGAAGAGAUCAUACAUUAGCUUAGAAUUACAAUGUAAGCUUAGCAUAUUGUACACUCUUGUUCUUCAUACUAUUCGAUCAUUGGGAGGACGGACUCUCCCAGAAGUACCGUUUACAAAUGUUGAAUAAGGGCCGUUGAAUAAUGUAUUUGCGAUAAAUUAUUUUUGAAGUUACUCGGAAGUUAGUAACGUUCAACUUUGUCUGUCAUGGAAUUUUGUAUUGUAUCAGAUGUUCAAUCAGAUAAAAAGGAUAAUGAAUUUUUCUUUUUGAAAACCGUGGAUCCCAAAGGUUUUUUAAGCCCAAAAACUAUUUUCGCGAGACAUUGCAUCUGGAUAUGCAACUAAUCCAUCAAUAUGGUACGGUUAGAUGGUCAAGGGGAAGCAAAUCUAUGAUAGAAAUUUUGGCUAGAGCUCUUUUACCAAUAGGCUAAAGAUAAUGAAUUUAUCUUCUACUAAUCGUAUUUUCUACCAAUAAAAAUUUAGUUAACGAAGAUUUUAUUAUUGUUAAACCAGUUAUUUUAUCGGGAAAAGUGUAUUAUAAAAAACUGUGGUUAAUAAAGAUGAUUUGAUUCUAAACCACUCGGUUUAUCAUGAAAGGUUCCCAUAAAAAGAUGUGAUCAACCAAAAUUAAUGUUGGAAACCAACUAGUUGGUCCCAGACGUAUUUUAUAUUAAAAAUGAUUAACCAACAUUAAUAAUUGUAAACAAGUAGGUAAACAAAAUUAUAAAUCAUAAACCAAUUGGUUAAUCUGUAAAUAGUUCCUGUUCAAUUAUAAAUAUAUAGUGAUAGCUCUGGAAAAAAUAAAUUUUUGUUUUUUAAAAAACUAUUAUUAUUUGUGUUGCGAAAUGGAAAUAUGAAAUUUCUAAAACAAAAAUAUGAAAUUAUGUCAACAAGUCAACACAUUUUUAAAAAGAAAUUGUCGAAUAAAAGAAACUCUAAAGAUCAUUGAUAUGUCGCUAAUGUCUAAUAUAAUAGUAACCAAUAUUAUUAAUCGUAAACCAAAAUGUUAAUCCGAAAAUAGGUUCGGUUCAAUUAAAAAAUAUAUAUUGAUACGUUCCGAAAGAAUCACUAUUUUUUUGAAAAAUAAUUAUUAUUUUGCUUUGAGAAAUGGAAAAAUAAACAAAAGAGAAAUUAAGGCAACAAGUCAAUGAGUUUAUAAAGUUGUCAAGAAAAGUAAAACUUAAAUUUGGGUGAUACAUUACUAACAUAACGUCUAUAAAAAUAAUAAUAAUCAUCAUCUGACUUCACCUCGUACACUUUCUUCUUGCUAACGAAAUUUAAGAGAGAAAGCAGAUGUCAUACACCAAAUACAAAGAAAUCUUCUUCGCUAAUAAGGUAGAAGAGAUGAAUUAGAUCAAAAAAGUAUUAAAGAAAAGAUGAUCUCUAUUAUAAAAGUGUUAAAAAUGUGGUCAACCAACAUUAAUAGUUGUAAGAAAUUAGGUAACCAGAAUUAUUUAAUCGUAAAUGAAUAUGUAAAUCUGAAAAUAUAUUCGGUUCAAAUUUAACUAUUAAAAUAGAAGUCAUAAUUUUUUCUCAUGUGUACUUUUUUUUAUUUAGAUAAUUUAUUAAAAUUUAUUAAAUAUUUAUUUUCUUACCUAGUCAUAUCCAAAAAAUAAAUUGAUUGAUCAUGUAAAUUAUACGCAAAUGUAUAAUAAUCCCAUUGUAUCAUAUCCAUAAUCGUGAUGUUCGAAGUUAUGAACAAUUGUUGUACACUUAAAUAUUCUGUUUUUACCCUUGUUCGAAAACGCGGCAUCGGCGGCCGAUUACUCGCCGGAUAAACGUGACGCAGAGGCAAACCGUGGCGAAUUGACCUUAUACGGUCAGUUACUCGGGAAAAAAAAAGAAAAUGUCACUAUUUUGUAGUUUUUCAUUCGAAAUCACUUUUUAGGUUAUAGAUCUAUUAUAUGUAGGUGUGGAUCCGUAAGAUUAUCAAGCAAAACUGUGAGAUAGUGAAAAAAAAACGGCCGUAAAAAAUCUCAGGUUCAACAGGUUGACGAUGAGGAUAUUUCUGUAAUUUUGAAGUUCAUUAAACCUAACACAAACCUUGCCUCGAACCUGCGACAUGUGCCACAUUUAGAAAGGAACUAACCAAUAGACCAAGCAUCUACAUCGUAAGAGUUGGACAAAGUUAGUAUAUAACCCCUAGAAGUAUAUAAAUGCCCUAAAACUAAUCUCCGCUUAAUCUUCGAUUAAUCCCCGAUUUUUUUUAUAAAUCGCUAGGCCCAACCCAAGCGCACGGAUAGCGCCUAGUGAGUUUCCGAAUAGGGGUUUUUACAUAUGAUAAUUUUAUGUUCUCUACAUUUACUUGGAAAAUUGAUUUUAUAGGAUAGAUAUGAAAAAAAAAAACAAUUAGCGAGGUUGUAAUGAUAUUCAGUUUAAUUAUUGAUCAAGUUUAUUUUUUAGUCUUAGUAGCAUAUAAGUUUGUUAAUAAAUUUACUAAAUAGAAUAAACUGAAUAUCAACUGCAGUUUAUGUUUCCUCAGUUAAGGUAUCCCAACUUCGAAUACAAAGUGGAACACCAUAAACUCUUCUUCGAGUUGUUCUCAAAAAGAUGUUUUUAUUAAGAGACUAUUCACAACUGAUCGACUCAACACUCUCUCUAUACACAAUAUCAAGUUCUCUCACAUAUUUUAAAUAGGCUACAUAUAAAACACAAGGACUGGAACUUCAUAUAGAUGACAUAGAUAUUAGUUGUCUCAGUCUCAGCAUAACAGUUAUAGCUGGGAGUUAAUGAAGUUCAAAAACUUCUUUUCAAAGUUUCUAUCUCUGUGAGACGAUUGGUAAGAUGGUUGGACAAUGAACAUAAUUCAUUCGGAGAUUCUAAGAUUGUGUUAAAAAGCCAGAAUCCUUCAACUCGUAUGUUAUGUCAGCCUUCAUCUAUAGUGAUUUUAUGGAUAUAUCAACGAACAUGUGCUGAAAAAGUAAAUAAUCUAAGUAGCGUAUUAGAAGGAAAAUUUUAACAGAGCUAGGAAACAAUGGUUUACAAUCAACAUUGUCAAGUAGAGGAUAUGAAUAUUAAUCAAUUAUAUACGGGUAAAUUUUAGAAAAUACUUUCAAAUAUUCUAACCUUAAAUUUGCAGUAAAAAGUGAUGCUCAUUACCUCCUUAUAUGAAAAAAAUAUACAAAGAAAAGGUGAAUAUUAUAAAUAAAGCACCUGCAUAUUAGCUCCACUCAAUGAGAGAGAAAGGUUAAAUUGUCUCUCAGAUUUUACUUGUGAAUAAGAUUGGUUAAAAUUAUCACUAGUGCAGACAUGAAGAGUCAUAGUAGUGAGCGAAGUCAUAGGGGAUAAUUCAAUUGGCCAUGAGACCUGCUUUGCAUAGCUCACAACAACCAAAAACAACAGAUAACACAUAAAAGCAGUAGAUAGUGAACAGUCAAGAGUUAAAAGCAAACCUACCAGAUGAUAAGCAACACUGUCAGAAAAAUAUUAUUUCUUCUUGAUCAAGGUACAAUAAGAGUUUUACUUAUAAAAGAGAAAGAAUGACGUGCUCUGGUUUUUGUAUGGAAAAACAAUGUAUUACAGAAAAACUUAUUUUUAUUGAAUAUAAAAAACGAAUUGUAUUACACUUGAUGAUGUUUUUAUGAGAAAGACUAGAUCUCUAUUUAUAGAAGGUGAACUAGUGUGUUGAGAAAACACAACUCUUAAUGAAAGUUCAUGACUCUUUGUGUAAUAACUAACUUUUGUAAAUAUAAAUAUAAAUAUAAAUAUAAAUAUAAAUAUGAUGAGAUUUAAUUAUAUUUCAACGCUUCUCCUUAAUCAUAUCUCGACUUCACUCCAAGCUUGUCUUGGAACUCUUUAUCUUUACGGCUUCCUCACUUCUUUGAGGUUCUUCACUCAUCGUUUGAGAAACUUCACGUGCUUGUUUAUCUUGAAACUCGGUUUCGUUUGAUGGAAAAAAAAUCUUCUUUACUUCUUUCUUUUCCCAAUCCCUUCUCUUUUCUUCAUGUGCAAGUAAUGCAUUAGCUUCCGAUUUAAUCUAUCUAAAUAGAAAAAUUAAUCUUUUGCUUCAUCUUGAUAUUCAACAUCAUUCUUCCUUGAGGAUCAUCUAUGAAACAUCGAUUGGCUUUACACAACAUACCCAUUUGGUACCAUUUGUGAAACAUUUAACAUAUUCCUUGCUAAGUUCGGCACUAGAAACACCUCUUUGAUGACCUUCUCUCCUUGGCUUGAUGACAUUACUUGGAUAAUCCAUUUCCCUGCGUGAUUACGUACUCGUUGACCAUUCCCCAAUUUGAUUGGUAAUUUUAUACUCUUAUCAAGAGUGAUGAAGUAUGAUACUUCUUUGGUCAUGUGGUUAGUACAUCCGCUGUCAAGUAACCAUGCUUCAUCAUCAACUGUUGAUGAUGUUUCUUCUUCAACUACACUAAACAACAUGUGACUUUCAUCUUCUGAGUCAUCUUUUGUUUCUUCAAUACUUAGAUCCGCACUUUCGGUCUUUCUAAGUUUGCAGUUCUUUGCUAGAUGUCCCGGUUUGUGUUGGUUUGUUACACACAAAACACCUUCUCUCAUUAUUUACAAUCUUUUGUGAAAAGGCUCCUUGGCUCUUCAUUUUCUUCAACCAACAUUGACUUUCAUUGUGAUUGCUUUGUUUGCAAACACCAUACCAUUUAUCGGUCUGCAUGUGAUGAUUAUCUUCACUUUUUUUUUCUUCCUUUUGAAACAAACUUUUCCCCGUAGAACGCUCCUUCCGUUGAUCGUUUUUCUCGCAAUUCUUCACGCUUCUCAUGUGCUUUCAAUGUACCUAUUAGCUCUAUAACUGAUAUUACAGUUAGAUCUUUAGUUUGUUCGAGUACAGCCAAAAUACUACCGAACCUCUCUGGAAGUGAAAUAAGAAUCUUUUGCACUAUCUGAUAAUCUGACUUCUCUUCUCCAUGAAUUCGAAGUUGAUUUCCCAUAUUAAUUAAUUUCGUACUGAAAGUAUUGAUGAUGUCACUUUCACUCAUCUUCAAAUUCUCAUACUCUCUUCUAAGAAAUUGAAGAUUAAUCAUUUUCACUUGACAACUCCCUUGGAAAAAUAACAUCGGAAACUGCUGUUUGAGUAUUUGCAUUGCCAUCAUAUCUUUCAUAACUUGAUCAUCUCUCUCUCUGGUUAAUGCUGGUGUGUUUUCAGAAGACGAACUCAAUGUAUCUCUAUUUUCUAUAAAAUCCCAAAGCUUUCUCGUCUUCAGGAUCGUCUUCAUUUUGAUCUUCUAAAAACUAUAUAUAUGCUUCUCCAUUGAAGAUCGGAAUCAUUUGAUGUUUUGUCCCCAUAUCUCUAUCACCAAUUUGUUCUCUAAUAUCAUAAUUUCUGAUUAUCAAUAUCACGAUUUUUGAAUAUCAAUAUCAAGCUUCUUUAUCCUCUCAACAGUAAAGCAUGUUAGAAAAAUAUUGUUUCUUCUUGAUCAA